GAACCAGCGGCAGACAGAAAGUCACCGGGAGUCAGUGAGAGAGUGAGAGCAAGGCUGCGCUCUCUGACUCCAAAACAUUUACGCAGCGCACCACGAUUCCGCCUCUCCGUCGUCUUGACCAACAUCCACCCCUACCACCACCACCUCCGCCUCCGCACAGACGUGUCUCUCCACUUCAGGACCGGAGCAGAGGAGAAGUCCGCACAUGUACCGGGGCAGCUUCGGUUCCGAACCAACGCUCUCUGAACGCGGUGAGGAAUUAAAGCGGGAGAGAAAGGAGGACUGAAGUUUUUCUUUGCUUUCCUCGUGGGGAGCUCAGGGCGCACCGGGACUGAAAUCGUCAGCGUAAACUUGGACAACAGAAGCUCAGCGCUGAAGUUAUAGACAAUUCAAACCUGGAAUUCUUCCUCCCAGUCAGAGAGGGAAGAAAGUCAGGACCAGGACUGACUCACCGCUGUGAUCUGAAGAACCUGGUGGCUGAAGAACACAGUCUUUCUGAAUGGUUGAGCCCAGCCCUCCAGCGCUGCACCUCCUCUCUGGCGGGGAUGUCAGCAUGGCGGAUGUAGGUGUCAAAGUAGAACAGGAGGAGACCAGUGGAGCGGGUGGAGUCAUUACCGCUGUGGAUCCUCUUAAAACUUCUCCCUCACGAGAUUGGUCAGCGAAUCAUCCACUGGAGGCCCGCCAGCUGACCCCACCACUCUCCUGCUCCCCCUCGGAGGGCUCUCCAGGUAAGGAGCUGCUUCACAGGCAAAGCCCCCUGGGACUGAAAGAGGCCAGGGCACAUGACAGAGCUGUGGGACAUUCCAGCUUCAAGGAAGUAAUGCCCACCAUUGAGAAGCUGCUGAAUGCUGACUGGAAGGAGAAACUUCUGGAUAAAAGCACAGGGGGUGCAGGACAACUGAAAGGAACCCAAGAGUCUCUGGCAGAGAAGGAGCUCCAGUUGAUGAUGAUGAUCAACCAGCUGAGCGGUCUGAGGGAGCAGCUCCUGGGAGCCCACUCUGAGCAGAGGAACAUGGCCGCCCUGCUGCUGGAGAAACAGCAGCAGCAGAUGGAGCUGGCUCGACAACAGCAAGAGCAGAUUGCCAAGCAGCAGCAGCAGCUGAUACAGCAGCAGCACAAGAUCAACCUGCUUCAGCAACAGAUCCAGCAGGUGAACAUGCCCUACGUGAUGAUCCCGGCUUUCCACCCCAGCGCACAGUCCCUCCCCCUCACCUCUGAGUCCCAGAUGACCCUGCCACUGCAGCCGAUCCCCUGCAAACCAGCGGUGGACUAUCCCAUGCAGCUGCUGCAGAACCCUCAGCCCACCCCUGUCAAGAGGAGCAGUGGCUCCUUCCGACAGGAAGCCAGUCAGCCCUUGAACCUGACCUCCAAGCCAAAGGGGCUGGAGUUGGGGAAAACACCCAGUCCGCACAGCCUGGAGCUGGGAUCACUGGCACUGCAGGGGACCUACAGAUCCAGAGACCUCCACAGAGAAGUGUCCCACAGUCCACCACGAUCUGCCCUCAGUUUCCUCGGCGAUGGAGAUGUGGUCACUCAGGCCAUCCACGACGCCCAGCUGCUCCUCAGGAGCCACAGCACGGGAGGGCGAGAGAGGGACAAGGAGAGAGAAAUCGGAAACAGAGAGUAUAAAAGUUCUCCUUGCAGCGAGAGAAUUUCUCACUCUGAACGGCGUGAAGACAGCCAAGGUCUGCCGCCCACUGAGGACCACCUCAGCAGUGACUCUGAGGGUGCCCUGCCCGUCUCAGUCUCAGGCAGCUAUGCUGAGACCCGCCCCCCUCCCUCCUCGGGCCACAUAAAGAGACCCAUGAAUGCCUUCAUGGUGUGGGCCAAGGACGAGCGCAGGAGGAUCCUGCAGGCCUUCCCCGACAUGCACAACUCCUCCAUCAGCAAGAUCCUGGGCUCCAGGUGGAAGUCCAUGUCCAACCAAGAGAAGCAGCCGUACUAUGAAGAGCAGGCGAGGCUGAGCAGGCAGCAUCUGGAGCGAUACCCUGACUACAAGUACAAACCCCGGCCCAAACGCACCUGCAUCGUGGAGGGACGGAGGCUGAGGGUCGGGGAGUACAAGGCCAUGAUGAAGAGCCGCCGGCAGGAGCAGAGAGCGACGUAUACUCACAGUCAAACAGAACCACAGCAGAUCCAUUACCCUCACAGCGACAGCCAGUACCCGGGUAACCCCAGCUCAGUCUCAGUGGCAGCCAUGUCCUUUCACCCUGCUUUGCUGGAGCAUUACCUGCCACAGGUCCCACCGGCGCCACGCCGAGUGGAGGGCCAGGCCACGCCCACUCCCCUGCCCAGAGAGAGAGAGAGGGAACGGGAGAGGGAGCGACCUCCAUACAGCGAAGGAGAGGAAAGUGACGUUGGAGAGAGGAGUGAGGGGGAACUUGUGCUCCUGACAGACUGAUGGGGGGGGUUAUAAAGGAGGGGUUAAAACGGAGGUGAGGAUGAGGAGGGGAGGAAGGAUGCUCUUCAUUGGCGAAGAUCAGAGCGGGGGACACAAGAGAGGGACUGAUUUGUCUCCUUACACAAUCGAAGAUGAAAAUGUGGUGAAAAGCGUCACACUUACCCUUGUAAAUUGUUUUCCCUGGAACUCUGUCCUACACACACACACACACACACACACACACACACACACACACACACACACACACACACACACACACACACACACACACACACACACACACACACUUACUUUCAUAUACACACACACUAAAAGGCAAGCUGUCCCGCACUGAUCCUCAUGCAUACACACGUCAUCAGCUGCUUUUUUUUCAGAUGUUUUCCUCGCAUGUCAACUUCUUUGCAAACUGAACUCCCUUCAGGGAUGGUCACCUGUUAGAGCAGCAGGCAUGUGAUGGAGCUUAAUGUGAUCCGUGUGCCAGUGCUUCCCCCUGCUGGUCAAACCUGCUACAUAGAGUGCAGGCAUUUUUCCAGCCCUCUCACAGAGGGGAAGAUCUUUUGAUUUUUUGUAGUCUGUCUUAGUUUAUGUGUCAAAAGCACUGGAUCCUACACUUCCCGUGAUGCAAAGUGAUAAAAUCAAGAGGAUUAUGUCAUCAGUCUUUGGGGGCGGUCUCUCCUGCGUCACAGAGGACGUAGUGAAGCUGUUUACUCAGGGCAAGUAGGAAACUGAGUUGAUGUAAAGUGUCCAGUGACCCUGAAAUAAUCCCCUUUAACUUCAAUUUACAGGAGAGCAGUGCUGUUAGAGAUUAACUUAGCUCUGAAUUUGGCUCCAAGAAAGAAAAAUGAAAAACGUGCUUCAUGUUAUUUUAAUGUAUCGUCAGCAGAUUAGCGUUUCAAAGACAAGACCUCAUCUUACAGACCAAGUUAGGGUUUUACUUGAUAAACAUCUCACUGCUUCUGACGGCUUUCAUCCUGAUGUACAUCCAAUAAUUUUUUAGAAACUGCAACCCACAUGAAAUACAGUAAUUGUAAAACAAAGCCUCUCCUCACCACACCACGCUGUUCAGUUGUGCUGGAAAUGCUGUAUCUGUGUGUCUCUCAUGUGACCUCAGCCUCUUAUCCCUGUGUUUGCGUCUUUGAUUGUAAACUGAUUGUUGCGUUGAAGCCUCACCUGUGCAUCUGAAUGACAGUUUGUAUCCUUUGUUUCAGCCCCUCAUAGCACUGUAAAGAAGUAAUCUCUUACGAAAUCUCUUGGACACACAAGUUCUCUUAUUAUGAUAAAUCAAUUUCAAGAUUUUGAAGAGUUGAUGCACGCUUGGUACGAGACCUCGUUCCAAGUUUCUGACAUUUCUCUGAAGCUGCACUGAGAUACAAAGACUGAUUAUAGGUAGAGGACAUUAUUGUAAUGACGGAUCAAUCAGCUUCAUGUAACAGUUAUGAUGAAACUCAAUCCGAUUGGCUCCACUGUUGUCCUUUUGCUGUAUGUCAUGUUUUUAAUUUCUUGUUUGCAGACACUUCACAGAGUGGCAAUUCAAUCCUUAAUCACCGCAGACACGUGAGCCAGAGCUGUUUCAUCUGGAAAAAGAUCACUUUUUACAGACAGGAGAAAUACUCAAGUUUCAUGUUAAUGAAACGCCGGUCAGCUUCAUGAGAACAAAGACACCAAUCUGUGCAAAGUCUGUUUACUCACAUGAAAAAGGCCAUUUUUCAUGUGGUGCAUUAACAUGCAGAGGUGGUACAUACAGAAAUAAAUGUCAGGUUACUUUAGUGAUGCUACAUUUUUUGACAAAAACUUCACACGAUGCUUCUUUGUGAAAGUCUUCAUUAUUGAGGGUUGGCAUUCACAUUUGUUAGACUCAAUUUAACAUCGUAAGCAUAGACUGUAUAAAUAAUGGACGUAGUAUCUUUGAAGUCACCCAUCUGUUCCUGAGCGCUGUUUGGAAGCCAAUCGUCAGCUGGAGCCAUAUUGGUAAUGUUGAACUCAACCAAACAAUAUCUGUUCUCGUCUGUCAGUCAAGUCAGCCAUGUCCUUAUUUGGGCAAAACUCGUUAUCUUAAUAUCUUCUGGAUUGUCGGGUUAGAUAAAAAAUUCGUCCCCGUACAGUGUGUGCCAAUAAAGAAAUUAGCUACGUAGAGCCAAGCAGUUUUUUGAACCAAACAUGUUUAUUUCAGCUGUAAAGAUCGUCUUCUUUGAAUGGGUGUGUAUGUGGUUUCUGCAGCCAGCCUCUGGUGGACGCUUAAUGAACUGCAGUUUAUAAAACUUCCGCAUGAGCUUCAUAUUUUGAGACUGGAGGUUGCUGCUUGAUCGUAAGUUGAAUUAAAUUGUCAUACUUAGUUAUUUCAACUUAAAUCAUAAUAAAUUAGUUUAACUGAAUGCAGCUUUAUUUGUAGAUUUAUUGAAGAAAUUGGUAGAUUUAAAUUAAAUAUCAGGAAAAAAAAUCCUAAAGGGUAGUGCUGAGAACUUUCUUGCUUCGACUUAAAUACUGACAACUCCCAUUCAAGUUGUGAAACCUGCAUCCCAAAAUUACUGCCCUGCAUUUCUGUCGUAUCGUUCAAUAAAAUGGAUCCAAAAUAAACUGAAUCCAACAUGCUAAAUUUAGCAAACCACAAACUUUGUAGUCUUCUAAAGUCGGUUGCUAUUACUUUUUGUCUCAUUCACAGUUUUGCUGUCUUUGUUCUCAUCACUUCAUGACCAUAUUGACCAACAGCAAAAACAUGUAGUGCAUAUUGGGGUCAAUCCACCUGAGGCUCACCCCAAGGUUGAUAAGUCCAAAUGCAGAACCUGACAUAUUUCAGACAUAUGGGUCCAGGCUCAUCUUGUUCUAUCUUGGUCAGAUCUGUGUUGCGUAAAGAUGCUGGAUUUCAUGCACAGACGUUGAUAUCAGAGGAAUAUGUUCAUCUUAUUUUGGUGGAGAUGUACUGAGGAGUCACCUGUCGUUCCCCCUGCUGAUGUAAAUAUAGAAAGAGACUUUAUUUUGUUUAUAAGAGCUUGUGUAAUUUAAAGGUGUAUGUUUCUCUAUGUUUCAAGAGUUUUGUGUUUUUUUUUUCUCGAAAGAAAAUAAAUUGGUUGUGUUA